AUGGACAAUUUUCGGCAACGAUUAUGUUUUUCUUCGCCUACGGUAUCAGAUAUUUCAUUGGAUCAAGAACGAAAUAAUGAUGUUGAAGAUUUAAUGGUAUUUUUUGAAACGGAUAGAGGAUCUUAUGAAUUUUCUAGUUGGAAAACACCCAGUCUUCAAUUUCAAUGUACAGUGCCUAUGCGAACAUGGAGAAUUGUAUUCAGUGGUCGUCUAAGAUGGAAGCCAUUCGGAUUUCCAGUGUACUGCGAUAAAAAUAAUACGUUUUUCAAACAUGAAAUCGACCUUACAGAUCCGGACUACAUCGACAAUUUAUUGGGAUUUGAUCAGUUUGGUCAAAUUACCGGUUCGAUGGUCGUAAAUGGUAAAACAGAAAUGAUUAACAUGCGAGCAAUGAAAUUAAGACGGUGGAAUAUGUCGGUCGAAGACUCGGCGUUUGUUGGAUUUAUGAACAGUGAUAUAAUGUGUUCCGUACAGAAAUUAGAAAGGAUAAACUUCCGUGGCCAUUUAAAAACGUCUUCAGAACACGAAAUACUCCCACCUGAUGGAAUAGAUUUCGUAAGUGAAGAAAACGACAAUAAGACAAUUGAAAUACAUCAUAAAAAUUUCAGUUUAAAUGCAAGUUUAAAAAGCCAAGUGACUGUCAUUUUAAAUACUGUAUCAAUUGAAAUCGUUCUUGGAGACGACUUUAAAGGAAUACUUCUAUGUUUCAAAGAUGUAUAUAAAACUGACAAGAUAGUAAAAUUUGCAGAAGACAUUUCUGUAAACGAUCAUAAAAUUGGCUUGACCGUAAACUUAGCCUCGGUGAUGUGCAUGUCCAGCAAUAUAGUAGGGAACAAAGCAAAAUCUUUGUUCCAAUUAAAAAAAGCAAUCGUUGAUGGUCUGAUUAACGACAUUAUUGUCCCGGACGGUAUAUGCAUAACGACAGUAGCGAUGAGAACUCAUAUAAACGAAAAUAAAAAAUUGUCGAUCGAUUUAAACAACGCGAUCGAAAAAGCAAAGCAGAGCGAUUUCGAACAGAUGGCGGUUUACUGUAAACGGUUGAACGAUCAGUGGCGGUCAACUAAACUGUGCGCUGAGUUGCUAGAGGCGAUUUCGAACGGCGUAAACGAACACCGUGUGUACGCCGUCCGUUCGUCUGGAACGUUCGAGGACGGCGAAUCUACGUCCUCUGCCGGGCCAAUACGUCACAAUUCUAGGCUGUACCGGUGGAACAACGGACAGCCAUUGAUGUGUGACAUGGCCGUGAUCGUACAAGAACAAGUGAGCGGUCCAGGUAUGGCCGGAGUCGCGUUCUCCAGAGACCCGAAUACCGGCGAUCCCGGGAAGAUCACCGUAGCCGCGAGUUAUGGUCUGGAAAAAGCGGGCGUUGUGUCAGGAUCAGUCGAACCCCACGAGGUCGUUGUUUCUAGACUGCGGUUCGAGGCAGUCGAUGACAAUGUCACUACGUCUGCGGGACUUCUGCAGGCAACAUCAAAUUUUAGAGUUGAAAAUGACAAUGAUGAGAAACCGCUGCAGUGUAUUUCCAAUAAUUUGGCGAAAAAGUUGGCUGACAUCUGCGUCCGACUGGAAGGCGUAUUUGGUUCGCCGCAGGACAUUGAGUGGGUGGCUGUAGAGGAUCGACUUUACCUUCUCCAGUCGAGACCGAUCACGUCCAUAUUCGCUUGGAGUAACGACGAAAUCACGCGAGAAUUUGACUCGCCAUUUACGAGCGACGACGUGGUUAUGUUUUACAACGUAAAAGAAGUCUACCCCAACCCUAUGCACACUUUAUCGUUGACUUUGGAUUUCUUUUCAACGUACCCACUGUUUAAAUUGACCGAAGGAGAGCCCACUGAAAUCUACCGCAACAAACAGUUGUCCUACACGCACAACAAUAUGUGUCUUAACGUAUGUCAAAUGUUUCAAGAUUUAGAACCUGGCAGCGUAUACGUUAAGAUAAUCGAGUACUCGAUAGCCGGCCAAUGUUUCUUAACGAGUGAUAUAUGGGAGAAAAUAUUAUUAAAGAAUCGCAGUUCUACGUUAAAAAAAAUUUUAAAAUCUUUUUCUACAUUUAAGGAAACACUAUACCUUGAAUGGCGAUUAAACGAGACACACAAAUUGAUUUCUAAUGCAAACAUAGAACAUUCAGGCACGGCGUUGGAUCUUUUGAAUAAUAUCAAUAGCGUUGUAGAUGUUUUAGAAAAGGUCACAUCUUGUCACGUUGCAUCGAGCACGAAUAAUAUCAUAUCACAUACACUGUUAGCAAUUUUAGGACUAGGUUUCAAUAAAGACUCACCGAUCGACACAUUAUCCAGUUUAGCGACCUCGAUUGAUACACCAGACAUAAUAAACGUUUCAAUCUUAAAAGAUAUUCAAGCUAUUGCUAGCGUUGUUUCCAAAAUGUCUUCAAAAAAAGAAUUUUGCGAUUUGCCCGUUGAAAACUGUAACGACUGGUUAAAGGUGAAUUGUGAGAAAGGUUAUGAUCAAGUAGAAGACUUCAUUCAAAAAUAUGGACACCGUGGUGUCCAAGAGUUAGAUUUUGGUUCAGAAACAUGGUCGACCGAUCCCAACCGAUUGUUUACGUGCCUCCAAUCGUUAAUAUUGUACGAACACCGUCAAUCCGAUAAAAAGCCAACAGACAACGAUUCUAGUACUGUGUCACGAGGAUAUAUUCAAAAAAUGAUAUUCGAUUACUUAUUAAAGAAAUAUCGUCAGAGCAUUUCGUAUAGGGAACAAUCAAAAGAUAUGCUGGUGCAGAUCACUCACAAGCUGAGAUUAGGUUAUCGAAAGCUCGGCGAAAAGCUCGUGGCUGAAGGGAAAAUACCGGAUUCGAAACUAAUAUUUUUCAUGUCUCAGUACGAAGUAAGAAAAAUGUGCGGUAACAAUAAUUGCCCCGAAAUAGUGCACAAAGCAUCGAAAAGACGUAAAUUGUGGCCCGAUUGGAUCUUGUUGCAGUUUGACGACGUGUGUUACGGACCACCUGUUCCUAAAACAUUUUUAGACGAGGAAUCUGUUUACAGUUCCAUACGGUUUAAAGGUUGUUGCGUGUUUCCUGGACGGGUUAAAAACCGUGCGUGUGUACUAGAGCACAUCGAAGACGCGCGUUGCUUGCGGACGGGAGACAUUUUGAUCGUGAAAUCUGUCGACAUAGCUUGGUCACCAUAUUUCCCGAUUAUUUCCGGUUUAGUCACGGAGAUCGGUGGUGUAAUAUCUCACGGAGCUGUUGUCGCCAGAGAAUACGGGUUACCUUGUCUUGUCGGAGUACAAAAUGUCAAAAAAUAUUUCAAAACGGGUGACAUGAUAAUUCUAGACUCCGAAAAAGGAUUCGUCAUUAAAGACGACAGCAUCUUUACGAAUUGAAAUUACAUACUUAAAUCAUAAUUUAUUAUAAUAAUUCAUAUUUAUGUAUAUAAUUUAAUUUUGAAGUAAAAUAUAAAAUAAAAUAAAUUGAGAACA